CGUUUAUUUCCGAAUAAGUUACUGCCUUCUGCUGGACAGGCUGAGAAGUGCCUCUGGACAGAGUGUAAGAGGUAAUGUACACUGUGACUGAAUCAGGGCGGCGCCACGAUGUGACCACGUCCCCUCACGCAGACGGUCCCGCCCCCUCGGUUAAGAUGAAUGUGAAGAACUUUAAUUUAAAAAAAAUAUUUUCAAAAAUUUUAAAAAUCACAACACCCAGCCAAGUGCGUCGGCAUUUUAGUGUGGAUAUUAGAAUAGCAAUAUUUUAUUUAAGGGCAGUGUGUUAUUGGUUUUCUGGUUAAGCUCGCUCCUACGUCAUGUGAACACUCACUGUAUUUUAAAAUUUUUACAUUCUUGUAAUUUUUUACAAGAAUGCCAAUAUAUCUUCUAGAAUCCCUGAGAGUGCAUUUUCGAUUUUAACUUGAUAUCGAGCCUGAUCAACACAUCUUGAAGAAAUGGUACGAGUUGUGGACAGAAGAAAGGCCAUCGCGCUUUAUCUUUUGCUUAGAAGAUUACGGAGAAGGACAAGGAGGUUCUGGGUUCAUCCAAUCAACCAGCGCAGGAGAGAGUGUGGUUCUUUUUACCAUCUUAUCGCUGAACUGCGCCUCGACAUUGACCGGCACAUUAAAUACUUCAGGAUGACUGCAGAGCAAAUGGAUAAUGUUCUUUCUCUGAUUGGUGCCGACCUCACAAGACAAACCACAAAUUAUCGGGCAUCCAUUGAACCCAAACAGCGCCUUGCUAUUACCCUGAGAUUCCUAGCUACAGGGGAAACCUUCACCAGCCUGGCACUUCAAUAUCGGGUUGGGAUAUCUACUGUAAGUCAGUCCGUCCACAUGACUUGUGGGGCAAUUGAGAGGAAAAUGCUGGCAACACAGUUCCCUCCACCAAAUGAAGACAUGUGGAGAGACAUUGCCUCAGAUUUCUGGUUAAAGUGGAACUUUCCAAACUGCCUAGGUGCCAUUGACGGCAAACAUGUCACCAUCGUAGCUCCUGCAUGGUCUGGAAGUUUGUUUUCCAAUUAUAAGAGAACAUUCUCUAUUGUUCUAGCACUCACAGAUGCCAACUACAGAUUCAGAUUUGUUCAGGUGGGUGACCUUGGAAGAUCAAGUGAUGGUGGCGUGUACAGUACUUCUGCACUUGGGAGAGGCAUGGAAGACAAAACUUUGUCUGUGCCUUCAGACAUCCCUUUGCCAGGAUCAUCUGUUCAAGGUCCAAUGCCAUACACCAUGGUAGGCGAUGCAGCAUUUCCCCUCAAGAAGUAUUUGAUGAGACCGUUCCCUGGGAGCAACAUUCCACGGUGGAGACAGAUUUUCAAUUACAGACUGUCUCGGGCGAGAACGGUUGUUGAACGUGCUUUUGCCAUUCUGUCAGCCCGAUGGAGGGUUCUGCAUGCAAGAAUCAACAUGAAGCCUGAAAAUGUUGAUUCUGUUAUCUUGGCCACUUGCAUUCUGCAUAAUUAUCUCAUGACCCCAUCUCAAAACCAAAGAUGGCUAGAAGAGGCAGAAGAAAGAGGGGAAGUGCUACCCAGUGUUACAAACAUGGGUGGGAACAAGGGAUGCAGAGAGGCAUAUAAAGUUCGUGAGAAACUUUGCACAUUUUUUGGCUCUCCUGAAGGCAAAGUGUCCUGGCAAGACCAUAUGGUGUAGGGUUUACUGGCCACUGUGUAGUUAACAUUAUUGGAAACUCAGCGAACAUCCAUACAUUGAAUAUACAAUGUGUUACAUUGUAUAUUAGUACACUUUGUUAAUAUUUUAGGCUUUUAUUAACCAUUUCACUUCUAAUAAUAAUAAUCUUGCUAGGUAUUUUGAGUAGUUGUUAUGUAUCACUUUUAAUAUGCUUGAAACAUACGUAUUGUAAAUACAUGCUUUAAUGGGUUCAUCUGAUGUUUGAUUUAUUACUAUGGAGUUACAAAUGAAUUAAUGGCAAUAAAUUGUAAUUUACUAGCAGCCAAAAUAGAGUUAUAGUCUCAGACAUCCACACAUUAAAAAUUUCAACCUAAUUAAAGCACAAUCCCCCCAUCACAAUAAAUGGCUAGGUGAGUGGGUACUAAAAUAGGCCACUUUAUAUAUUUUAAGAGUGGAUUUGAUUGUUCCUUUCAUAAAAAUGGCCCAACAACUAUGAUAGCAUGGAUUUUAAACAUGCACUCAUGGCAAUGAAAAUCCAAAUGUUAUUUGCCCUAAAUG